CAACCCCAACUUGUGCCAGACCCCAGGCCAGCAAGAAAAUGCUUCUCUUUAUUUAUAUAUAUAUUUUUUCCUUUCUGGACAAUUUGGUGUUUCUGAACGCUAGGGGCUCCCGGAUUCUCUGGUUUGAGAGUAACUUUUCCUUUUAGGAUUUUUUUUUUUUUUUUUUUGGAAAGGGGGUGGGGAAAUGUGGCCUCAAUUAUCCUACGUCUUAGGCAGCUUAAGAAAGGGGCUGUGCUUUCGGAAUCCCAUCCGGAGCCAAGUAAGGAGGGCCCUCGCCCUCCCUCCCUCUCGCUCGCUCUCUCUUUUUAAAGGAUCUCGUGUAAUAAAAGUGCAGAAAACAAACCCGGGCGAUCACAGCAGCAGCCGCCGCGGCAGCAGCAGCAACAGCAGCAGGAGGAGGAGGCGGCGGCGGCGAAGUUGGAGUCGGGGCAGCGCUCCGCAGUCGCUGGAGCUCCAUUCAUUAAGUAGCCAGCCGCGGAGGAAGGCGGCCGGGCGCCCGCUCUCUCGCUCCCGCACACAGGCGCGCGCCAGCCCGGCGCGUCCCGAGCCGCGCCGCUCUGCAAAAGUUUCUGCUCGGGGUUUGGCUCUCUUCCCCGCGGACUUUCGAGCGAGUUGGGGUUGAGAGAGAGAGGAGAGCAGCGGCGCGCAGGGGGAAGCAGAAAACACCGUCUGCAGUCGGAAGCAGGCAGCCGGGGCUGCACUCUCGCCGCGCCGCCCCGAGCCCGGAGCCGGGGGCCGACCCGCCGCUCUCCGGAGUAGCCUCGGCCGCGAGGCGACCCGGGCGUCUGGGUGUGUGGCUGCUGUCGCCGGGCGUCUUCGGGAGCGCGGGAGGCUCGCGCCGCGGCCAGCGCCAUGCAAAACUACAAGUACGACAAGGCGAUCGUCCCGGAGAGCAAGAACGGCGGCAGCUCGGCGCUCAACAACAACCCGAGGAAGAGCGGCAGCAAGCGGGUGCUGCUCAUCUGCCUCGACCUCUUCUGCCUCUUCAUGGCGAGCCUACCCUUCCUCAUCAUCGAGACGAGCACCAUCAAGCCUUACCACCGAGGGUUUUACUGCAACGAUGAGAGCAUCAAGUACCCACUGAAAACUGGCGAGACAAUAAAUGACGCUGUGCUCUGCGCCGUGGGGAUCGUCAUCGCCAUCCUCGCGAUCAUCACGGGGGAAUUCUACCGCAUCUAUUACCUGAAGGAGAAGUCCCGGUCAACGAUCCAGAAUCCCUACGUGGCGGCUCUCUAUAAGCAGGUGGGCUGCUUCCUCUUCGGCUGCGCCAUCAGCCAGUCUUUCACGGACAUUGCCAAAGUGUCCAUAGGGCGCCUGCGUCCUCACUUCUUGAGCGUCUGCAACCCCGAUUUCAGCCAGAUCAACUGCUCCGAGGGCUACAUUCAGAACUACAGGUGCAGAGGCGAUGACAGCAAAGUCCAGGAAGCCAGGAAGUCCUUCUUCUCUGGCCAUGCCUCCUUCUCCAUGUACACUAUGCUGUAUUUGGUGCUAUACCUGCAAGCCCGCUUUACCUGGCGAGGUGCCCGCCUGUUGCGGCCCCUCCUGCAAUUCACCUUGAUCAUGAUGGCCUUCUACACGGGACUGUCCCGCGUGUCAGACCACAAGCACCAUCCCAGCGAUGUACUGGCAGGAUUUGCCCAAGGAGCCCUGGUGGCCUGCUGCAUAGUGUUCUUCGUGUCCGACCUCUUCAAGACUAAGACGAGCCUCUCUCUUCCUCCUCCUACUAUCAGAAAGGAGAUCCUCUCACCUGUGGACAUUAUUGACAGGAACAAUCACCACAACAUGGUGUAGGUGCUGCCCACCUCCUGAGCUGUUUUAGUAAAAUGACUGCUGACAGCAAGUUCUUGCUGCUCUCCAAUCUCAUCAGACAGUAGAAUGUAGGGAAAAACUUUUGCCCGACUGAUUUUUUUUUUUUAAAAGGAAAAAAAUUAAGUUUUUACUUUGUGGCCUUCCAAAAUAGGUAGUGUUCACCUAUGCGGAAACAACAGCAAACUAACACCAAGUGCCAGAGUCCUGGAUGUGCAAUUAGUUUAAGUGUUCAUGUUCUAGUGAACACAGGCUUGUUCAGGAACAAACACUAAAAUGAUUCGAGUAGAGGCUGCUGGUCACCUCUUGUGACCCGAGGAAUCCCAGGCCUGUGAGAAAAGCGCAAAUUCACAUUGUAGCACACGAAGCCAGAAAUAGCACUGAGCUGAGAAAAUAGCCGUGGAGGGGUGCCCGUCCUGCGUCCCUCUGUCCAUCCCUUUCUAUUCUCUCCUGUGACUUUGGUUCAGGAAGUCUUGUUUUUUUAAAUAUAAGGAAAGAGCAAGUUUGCUCAGUCACGCGAUCAGAUCCCAAAUCCAGAUGCCCAGUGCUAAGGCCUCAUCACUUCCCCAGCCCAUAGGCCAGCAGCCGCGGUCCCUCACUUUAGUGAUUAGGAGACUCUUUGUGGAUGAGCGAACUUCACAAAUAGCACAACUUCCGGAGCAAUCGGGGGCACGCGCCCUCACGUGUCUUCUUUGGACGCAUCAUCCCGUGACGUUGAGACGCCCGUUGCGGGAUGCUGCUGUGUGCACAUCAGUCACCAGGCACUUGCACGCUCUUAGAGAGGGUUAGACUUUCUCCCUUGACAUCCUUGCCGGGUGCCUACCGGGAUUGCCUGUGAGGGUCCGAGGAUGAGCAAAGGCGCACGGUCUGCCACUGGCUGAUGGAAGGCAGCCUUCUGUACAACAGAUGGGGGAGGGGAGGGGGCAGAGUGAAAAAGGAACCAACCUUUUGGCUGCUCCAAGUCAGAAGGGGCCAAGAGUAGCAGCGGUCUCAUGCUCGAGAGGCUGCCCUUCAAGAUCGCAGAGCUGAGGGUCUUUGUGGGAGUCGCUCUUGCUAAGCUGUGUAAAGCACUAUCGUCUUGGGGUUGACCCCUAGGGCAGUUCUUGGUAGGUUCUGCUGGGCAGAACACAGGGGUUCAAUCUCCGUAGAGAGUUUUUCUCAUCCUCUAUCCGUGUCUUUCAAGCAAGGUCUCCCUGUAGGCGGUAGAUAGGAAUCCCUUCUACUGAACCUUUGAGGAAGGGAGGAAGGAAGAAAUGCUUUUAGGUCUUGGAUGCAAACCUUUCAAAGGGCUACACGUAACCAUAUGGAUCAACCACAUGCACAUCCUUACUACCGAAUCCGUCCUUUCAUUUCAACUUAUAGCAAGCUAUGAUUUUUAUAUAUAAAUAUUAUAUAAAUAAUGUAUAAAACAUUAAAAGUUAACUAUGUAAAAUAUUAUUUCUGAAACAAUUUUAGCUAUAUCCACUAUGAUUAUAAACUGUGUUUCGACCUGUGUUAUUUACAUUAGCUGCUUAAAAAAGCAUUGAGUUCAUUUUUUUUUUUAAUAUCAACUAAAAUGUAGUUCUGUGGUAGACAUUUGUUUUGUAAUGAAAGAAAUAACUGCAACUAGAGAAAACUGUAUAAAAACAUUAAAUUGUCAGUAUUUUUGUAAGGUUCCAUUUUGUAAAGAGAAUAAUAUUCAAAGACUUUUGUAGCAUACGAAGUGAAAACUUGUAUCUGCAAAACUAUACUUGUAUUAAAUGUGCUUUUUAAAUAAAAGCUCAUAACACAACUAA